GCUAAUUCUCUUUUUUUUUUUGUUUUCAGAAUUUCUGCCAAAGUAAACAACUAUUGUAUGUAGUGAGGUCACCGAACGGUUCUAACCAGGGAGUUUUUUUGACAGCCAGACAGCAAAACGGCCGUCAGUUUUCAAGCGGGCGGAAGCGUUUUUUGACAAAAAAGAUUCUCAAUUAUCAAGCGGGCAGAGCGUUGCUGGCAAACAAGCCCGGUCGAAAACUAUCGAUUCGCACUUGAUAAAACGACGCAGGGGAGCCGGCAAAAGGGGCGCCCUUCUGAGGCGCCCACCGCCUUGGUUUCUGCCGAUUUGGGGAGCCCAAAAAGGGGCGCGCAAAAAACGCGCCCAAAAUCAGAACAGCGAAACAGCAUGGCACGGCCGCGAUUUCCGAGCAUUUUGGGCGGCCGCGAAAGCGGCCGCCUUUUCGCCGGUUUUAGAGCCGGGGAAGCUUUGCAAAAAGCGCCGGCGGGAAAAAUAAAAACGCGAAAAAUAAAAAGCGCCCCAGACGCGCAAAGCCAAUCCGCAUGCUAUGGGCCCGGUUUUUCUUCGCUUUUUGGGCGCCCCCCUUGGCACCCGGAUCGGCCCCAUAGCAUCGGGGCUGGCUUUCGGAAAGGAAUUUUGGAAAUGUUCCAAAAUUUGUGACGUUUCCCAAGUGGCCGCAAUACCGUGCGGCAUAACGUUACUCACGGCGGUAUGGCGAGCCCAGAAAUAGCAAAGCCGCGGCCAAGGCGGCGGUCGGCAAAAAAACGCCCACGACCUCACUACCCCCGCCCCGGCGGCUAUAUUUCGUAUCAGUCGCUACAACCACACGAGUACGAAAGUCGUUGUGCCUUGAAGACUAUAUCCAGCCCCAACUGCAGAAAGUCCAUGCGGCCCGGCAUUCCGGGUGAUGUUGAGGUCGAAAACGUAGAGAAGAAAUCUCUCCCAUGAUUUUUUGACGAAAGAAAGGACGAUGAACGAAGGUGCAUCAUGCCUGCAAAAUCUUAGGGUCAUCUCAGCCACAGUGCAUCACGCGCUGUGAUCUACUACUUCGUUCCUAGAGCAACUGCUACGACUGACGAAAGGGAAAUGAUCAGAAAGAACUACAGAACGAACAUAGUAAGAAAUCGCUUGUGCUUAUGCUUUUGUUUCGAUUGAGUGGCUAUUUCACGACGGGAGGCUUUUUGCCACAGGUGUUCAUCGACUCUGGAACGAAAAGGGGGCAACGGUGUGAGGCUUGAG